CGCGGUGACAAUUUGGCAUUCGUGUGGUACGGUACAAUGACACGUCUACAGUACGGUUGGUAUGCUGCGCUGAUCUGGUACGGCUCACGGGACACUGGUUUGGCUCAUCCGCGGUAUUGGUACAACAUGGUGUCCUCUGAUCUGGUUAUGCUGAUACGGUGGACCUACAAGUUCGGACUGCACUUGGCUUGGUCCCGCGCGCUGGUGUUAUUUGGGGAGGCCAACACCCAAGAAACGGACGCAAGACCGACUGCCUUAGGAGGGGUUUUGAUUCAGAAGGACCUCAAUGAAGAGGAGCGACCGCUAAGAUUCGAGAGUCGAACGCUUAACACCGUUGAACGAAACUACUCACAAUUCAAGCGCGAGACCUUAACAGUCCUCCACUUCCUGAGGAUCUUCAGAAACUACCUCUUCGGCAGCAGGUUUGUAUUAAAGGUGGAUCCAACUGCUCUAGCAGGUUCUAUGAAGAACUAUGCUCCCUCAGAUCCAACCAUUGCCCGAUGGCUGACGUAUAUCUGGAUGUUCGACUUCGAGUUGGAGCGAAUUCCAGGGAACAAGAAUAGGGCGGAUGGGCUGAGUCGAGUCGACUGGGACAAGAACAAUCAAGGAGUGAUCGAGGAUGCUCCGCCAGUCGACGGGUUCCUGGACAGCGAGGAGGAUGUAAGACUUCACAUCAACUCCUGGGCGUUGGCCGUGGGUAACUAUGUUACUCCUGGGCAACCUGUGUGGCUUGCGCCUCCAGGACAUCCACGACGGCCAGACUUAGUCCUCAAGCCCUAUAUUGAAGAAGAUUCUUGGGGAAGGCCGGGCGUAGAAUGGAUGAUGGAGCUGGCAUUAGCAGGCAAGUACGAGCUACAGGAGGACCUGCUCACGAUUGAGAGUGGGGCACUACAAGUGGGCAAGCAAGAGAAGGACCUCGAGACUGAUCUGACCUUUGAGGAACUGCUGGAUUUGAGGGCACGACAGAUCGGCGCUAUUGAGGACAGGAUUGAGGAGGCAGCAAGUAGAACCGCGGACAGCCGUACCAAGGACAAGCUCCGGUGGGACAAAAUGGCGAGGGUAAGAAAGGAGCCUUUCAAGGUGGGAGACGUUGUGCUGUUGUACGACUCGUCCCUGGAAAAGCAGUGGUCGCGGAAGUUGGAUAAGAGGUGGUUGGGGCCUUACAGGGUCACCAGAUGUGGUGAACAUGGUGCCUACCAAAUCGAAAAGCUGAAUGGGACGGCAUGGAAGGACUGGGUGUCAAGCUCGAGGCUAAAGAAGUUCGUGGCUCGAGACGAGGCAAGUGAGAGGAGAGGUGUGGAAAAAAAGAGAAGGGAACCUGAGACAGAGGCAAGGGGAACCUUUGAGCAGGGCGCGUCACCAGGGGCUCAGAGGGAGGAAAGGAGGAAGGAACACAAGUCCCACCGACAUGAGAGAGCAGAAGGGUCCGAUGGUUCAGAUGCACCUCCACAACCUGCUCAGAGGGAGAUGGAUGGCCCCAUGCCUGACGCAGAGCCAGACAUCCCUCACGAGCCGCAUACGCAAGAGUUGAGGGAGGAACCGUCUGUUGAUGAAAAGGAGCUGGACAGAGAAGAGAGGGCAGCAAGGGAGCUGGAGAUCAGGACUCAACUCCGAAAGAAGAACCUGGCAGAACUGCAUGAGAGGAUGCAGCAAGGAAAGGCGCCUGAGGAGGUGGAGGACAGAAAAGGAAAGGGUACCUGCACUCAGGAGGAGGACCCUCCUCUCUUCUCAGAGGUCUGGAUGGGCUUUGAUAAGCUGAUGGACGCCACAGGAAGAUCAGGUGGACAACAUCAGGAGAUGGGGGUUAAGUUGGUCUCUACAGACCUGCUCAACCUAAGGAGCGUGAUGAGAGAAGGCUUCGCUGCAGCAAGGACCUCAGAUCAGAAGAUUGGGGACAGGCUGACAAAGGUGGCACAAGAGGCUUAUGGCCAGAGGGUGGACUGGGAGAGAAAGGCUGGGGACCCGAAGAGAGAACUAGACAGACAGGGCAAAGAGUUGGCAGCAGUAAAGGCAGACAUGGAGAGAGUCUCAACAGAGAAUGAGGUCGUCAGACAAGUCAAUCAGACCCUUAACAAGGUCACUGACGCUCUGAGGGCCUAUUUGUGUGCACAAAUAACCUUCUUCCAGGUUAAGGAGACUGAGUGGGAGAAAAGAAUUCGAGACCUCGAAGCCAAGUGUGCCCAGCAAGCCCCCACUAGAGUGAUGGAUUGGACAGAGGUCCAAAAGUUCGAAAUCAGGGAACAGCCUGUCGAGGAAGUCUUCAAGAGGGAGAAGGAAAUAGAGAAGGCUGACCAGCAGGAGGGUGAGGAGAUCCCUCUGAUCGACAAAGAGAUGUUGGAGCAACCAGGAGUGCUUGUGGAAAAGGGUGCCGAGGUCGCAGAGUUUGAGUGGAGGUUACCUGCUGGCCUGACACGGGGACAUGAGCCGGCAGUACCACAGGAGGGACCACCGGUUGAGGCAAUGAGAGUUGAGGAGGCUCCACCUACUAUUCGGAAAGAGACUGUGGGACAGCAGGAGGGUCAGGAAAGUGUGGGCCAGACCAUGGCUGAGACUGAGCAGAGAGUGGACCUGAGGGACUGUCAGGAGUCAAUCAUGCUUCAGGAGGUGCCAGUUGUUACAGAUUUGCGGGGUGUACAGGGAUCUUGGGCUACGAGUUCUGGGCCGAGCGACGGGUUGGUGAGCAGCUGAUGCCAGCAGAUGACAAAGCGGCCUGCCCCGCUUCCUCAGAGGUCCCACGACAGGAGGUUACAAGCAAGAUCUCA